CUGUGAGUGCGGGACAGGCUGCAGGACAGAGCAACCUGUGGACACUAUCACAAUGGAAGAAGUACUUGCCCCAUUACGAGAAGCUGUGAAGCAACAGGGUGACCUGGUGCAGCAGCUGAAGGAGCAGGGCUCCUCAGAGCUGAACAAAGCUGUGGCAGAACUCAAAGCUCGGAAAAAGACUCUUGAAGCAAAGGAGCUCUCCCUGCAGCCCAAAGAUGAGGUUGUUGACAGGGCAAAGAUGGAGGACACUUUGAAGAGAAGGUUCUUCUAUGAUCAGGCUUUUGCAAUUUAUGGAGGUGUGAGUGGCCUGUACGAUUUUGGUCCUGUGGGUUGUGCCCUAAAGAACAACAUCCUGCAGACCUGGAGACAGCACUUCAUUCAAGAGGAGCAGAUCCUGGAGAUUGACUGCACCAUGUUGACUCCAGAGCCUGUUCUAAAGACAUCUGGACAUGUGGACAAAUUUGCAGAUUACAUGGUGAAGGAUUCUAAAACAGGAGAAUGCUUCCGUGCAGACCACCUCUUGAAAGCACACCUAAAAAAGCUGAUGUCAGAUGAGAAAUGCCCGACAGAAAAGGCAGCUGAGAUGGAUGAUGUAAUCACUCAGAUGGACAACUACUCGCAGCAGGACUUGGCUGAUCUGUUUGUGAAAUACAACGUCAAGUCUCCCUCCACAGGAAAUGACCUCACUCCUCCCGUCUCCUUCAAUCUCAUGUUUCAGACGUCUAUUGGCCCUGGAGGAAACAUGCCUGGAUAUUUGAGGCCUGAAACAGCUCAAGGAAUGUUCCUGAACUUCAAGCGUUUACUGGAGUUUAACCAAGGAAAGCUGCCGUUUGGUGCUGCUCAGAUCGGAAACUCCUUUAGGAAUGAAAUCUCUCCCCGCUCUGGACUAAUUCGUGUCAGGGAGUUUACAAUGGCUGAAAUAGAGCAUUUUGUGGACCCAAAUGACAAAGUCCAUCCAAAAUUCUCCAAUGUUGCCAACCUGGAAAUCAUGCUGUUCUCCUCUAAAGCUCAAACCAGUGGACAGUCUGCACAAAUCAUGAGACUCGGAGAUGCAGUAGAACAGGGAGUCAUCAACAACUCAGUCUUAGGCUACUUCAUCGGCCGUAUUUAUAUGUAUCUCCUCAAAGUGGGUCUCUCCAAAGAUAAAGUACGUUUCCGACAACACAUGGAGAACGAGAUGGCUCACUACGCCUGCGACUGUUGGGAUGCUGAGUCUCUUACCUCCUAUGGCUGGAUUGAGAUUGUGGGUUGUGCGGAUCGCUCCUGCUAUGACCUCUCCUGCCAUUCAAGGGCCACCAGGGUCCCUCUAGUGGCCGAAAAGCCUCUUAAAGAACCCAUAUCCUUUGAAAAACCAAUAGUGAAUGUGACCCAGUUUGAAGCCAAUAAAGCCGCCAUAGGGAAGGAAUACAAAAAAGAUGCAAAGUUGAUCCUGGAUUAUCUGUCAGUCUGUGAUGAGUGCUACAUAAGUGACCGGGAGAAGCUGCUCAGUGAAAAGGGAGAGUUCACCAUUGAAACCGAAGGAAAAACAUUCACUUUGACUAAAGACAUGGUCAGUGUGAAAAGGUUUCAGAAGACUUUGCAUGUGGAGGAGAUCAUUCCCAAUGUAAUCGAGCCGUCAUUUGGUAUCGGGAGAAUCAUGUACUCCAUCUUUGAACACUCCUUCCGCAUCAGAGAAGGAGACGAGCAGAGAACGUAUUUUAGCUUCCCUGCCCCUGUAUCCCCGUACAAGUGUGCCAUCCUUCCCUUGAGCCCAAACCAGGAGUUCAUGCCUUUUAUCCACCAGCUUUCUGAAGAGCUGACUAGAAAUGGAGUGUCUCACAAAACAGACAACUCCUCAGGGUCCAUCGGGAGGCGCUAUGCUCGAGCGGAUGAGAUCGGAGUGGCCUUUGGAAUCACUAUAGACUUUGACACAGUGAACAAAAUGCCACACACUGCCACGCUGAGGGACAGGGACUCAAUGAGGCAGAUCAGAGCAGAGGUUGAUGAGUUGCCUGCAGUGGUCCGAGAUUUGGCAACUGGUGUUUUAACCUGGGAAGAAGUGGAGAAGAAGUUCCCAAUUUUUGAAGGACAAGAGACCAACAGAAAGGAUGAAUGAAACAGACACAUCAUAGAUUUCAUUUUGCCAUUCCACAUUAAACAAUUUAAUUCCUAAU